UCGAAACAGUGUCCAAAACGGUGCCUCAGUGCGCAACCCGCUAGAGAGGUGAUCGAUCCGGAAUGGCAGUCGGCCCGACCGUACGAGAGUAUCCCCGGCCCGUCGCUGAUGACCCUGAUCCAGGGCUUCAGACUUCAAGAAAACAAUAGCAAUCUACCAAUAAUCGAUAUGUUCCAACGCUUUCGGGAUGACUACGGAGACCUGAUCCGUAUGCGGGGUAUGCUGGGGCAGCCGGAUUUCGUUGUGAGCUUCAAGCCGGAAGACUACGAGAAGGUUUUCCGCACCGAGGGCGUUUGGCCAGUGCGCCGCAGCUUGGACACGUUCAGUUACUAUCGGCAAAAAAUUCGACCGGAAAUUUACGGAGAAUCAGGUGGAUUGGCCAACGAACAAGGCGAAAAGUGGCAGAAGAUGCGCACGAUCACCAAUCCGGUAAUGAUGAACCCCAAAACCGUCGCGCUGUACGUGGAGGCGAUGGAUGAGAUCGCUCGCGAGUUUAUGCCAAUAGUAACGGCAUUGCGUGACGCAAAGAACGAGUUGCCAGAGAACUUCGAUGAGUGGCUAAACCGCUGGGCCCUGGAGUCGAUGGGCUUGUUGGCGCUGGACACCCGGUUCGGUGUGCUGAAAGCGGAUCAAUCGGAGCAGGCCAAAACGGUCAUUGCGCUGGUGAAGGAUAUUUUCGAGCUAACUUUCCGCCUAGACUUUGAGCCGUCGAUCUGGAAGUACUACAAAACGGCCACUUUCAAACGGCUAAUGCGGGUUUUUGAUGAUCUAACAAAUCUCAUAAUGGCCAAGAUCGAUGAUGCCGUUGUGCGGAUCGAGAAGCACCCCAAAUCGGAGGGAAAUUUAAGUGUGCUCGAGAAGCUGCUGAAGGUCAACAAGAACGCGGCGGUGGUGAUGUCUUUCGACAUGAUAAUGGCCGGCAUCGACACGACAUCGUCUGGCACGGUCGGUGUGUUGUACUGUUUGGCCAAGAACCCGGACAAGCAAGCGAAGCUUCGCGACGAACUGCGCACGAUACUGCCGUCAAAGGAUUCGCCACUGACCACGGAAAACAUGAGAAAUUUGCCGUACCUGAGGGCCUGCAUUAAGGAGGGUUUACGACUGUACGCUCCGACUUUUGGCAAUUUCCGUGCCACGGGACAAAAUCUGGUGCUGCAAGGAUACCGCAUUCCCAAAGGGACCGACAUCUCGAUGGUUUCAACCGUUUUGCAGCGGCAAAAUGCGUACUUCCACGAAGCCAAACAGUACAUCCCGGAACGGUGGCUUACUGAACGUCCCGAUCAUAUCCCGAGCGCAAAGGAUGCGAAUCCGUUCAUCUUCCUGCCGUUUGGGUUUGGGGCGCGAAGUUGCGUCGGGAAACGGCUGGCCAUGAUGGAGAUGGAGAUCAUCGUUUCGAGGUUCGUGCGGAACUACGAAAUCCGUUGGAACUAUCCUGACAUGAAAGUCAAGGCCAACCUCAUUAACCUUCCGGUUAGUCCGCUAAAGUUCGAACUGAAAGAGGUGGCCUAUGGGGCUAUUUGUACGCGCCAGUAUCAAUCUGCCACCGUGGCCAGUGCGAAAGAUGUCAUCGAUUCGGAGUGGGAGUCGGCCAAGCCGUUUAAAAGCAUCCCCACCCCAACGCUGAUGCACAUGUACCGAGGCUUCAAAGAAGGGGGUCGCUACGCUGGACUUCCCGUGAUUGAGUUUCAUCAGCGACUGAGGGAAGACUUUGGAGACCUGGUGCGUAUCCCAGGCCUGAUGGGAAAACCAGAUGUGGUGCUGAGCUACAAGCCGGCCGACUAUGAGAAGGUCUUUCGCACCGAGGGGAUUUGGCCGGUUCGGCGGACUUUGGAUACGUUUACCUACUACCGGACGAAGGUGCGCCCAGAAAUCUUUGGCGAAACGGGAGGGUUGGCCAACGAACAAGGAGAAAAGUGGCAAAAGACACGCACAAUCACUAAUCCGGUGUUGAUGCAACCGAAAACCGUUGGCCUGUACGUGGAUCAAGUAGAUGAAAUUGCGCGCGAAUUUAUGACUAUUAUCGGUGGUUUACGAGAUGCCAAGAAUGAAUUGCCGGCCGAUUUCGACCAGUGGCUGAACCGGUGGGCCCUGGAGACCAUCGGAGUGUUGGCGCUCGACACCAGGUUUGGUGUGCUGCAUGCGGAUCCAUUAGGACAUGCAAAAACUAUCAUCACGUUAGUGAGAGACUCACUGGAUUUAACCUACCGUUUGGAUAUUGAGCCAUCGAUCUGGAAGUACUACAAAACACCGACGUUUAAGCGGCUUAUGAAAACGCUGGACGAUUUGACCAACUUAAUAAUGACGAAAAUUGAUGAAGCAAUACUGAAAAUUGACCAAAACCCACCGUCCGAUGGCAAUCAGAGUGUCCUGCAGAAGUUGCUGAAGGUCAACAAAACCGUGGCGGUGGUGAUGUCCAUGGACAUGAUAAGUGCCGGCGUCGAUACGACUUCGUCCAGCACGAUCGGAGUGCUGUAUUCGUUGGCCAAAAAUCCCGAGAAACAAUCGCGACUUCGGGACGAGCUACGGGCCGUCCUGCCGACGAAGGACUCUCCGUUCACGACCGAUAACAUGCGGAACCUGCCGUACUUGAGGGCGUGCAUCAAGGAGGGAAUGAGACUGUACCAGCCCACGAUUGGCAACAUGCGAUGCGUCGGUCGCGAUAUAGUGCUCCAAGGGUACCGCAUUCCGAAAGGUAGUGAUUUGGCGAUGCUUACGUCCGUGCUGCAGCGCGACGAUCAGUUCUUCCAUCGGGCCAGUCAGUUUCUACCGGAACGGUGGCUCAACGAACGUCCUGAGGGUUUGCCCAGUGCGAAGGACACGAAUCCGUUCAUUUUUCUUCCCUUUGGGUUCGGGGCUAGGAGUUGCAUCGGUAGGCGGCUCGCCAUGAUGGAGAUGGAGAUCAUUAUUUCGCGAUUCGUGAGAAGUUACGAGCUUCGCUGGAAUUAUGACGAUCUUAAGUUUAAAACAAACAUCAUCAACACUCCAGCCAAUCCGCUGCAGUUCCAGCUGCAGGAUAUAACGAAUUAAAAACGUACUUCCUUCCGUAUUCUAACAUCAUGGAAAAGGUAAAUUUUAACUGAUUAUG